AUGAAAACAAUAUACAUCACAGUUGGAAUUAAUAUAGAUGCAUUAUUAUUACUAAUUGAUAGUGUUGGAACUUUACCUUCUAAUUCUCAAGCAGAAUCAAUUAAUCCAAAUGAUAACAGUUUGCAAAGUGAAGUUGAAAUUGAAAUGGAUGCUAUUCCUACUAAG